UUACACUUCUCUGUCUGAACAGCGAUAUUUCAGAAUGAGGAGAACUGCAGUUUGUCUGGCGUUGCUGCUCUGUCUGCUCUGGACGGGGGCUCAGGGUGAGGAUGGAGGGGGGACAGGGAAGAAAGAGGGGGACUUUGAUAUCCAAGAAGUGAAAGCAGCUUUAGAGGCCAGGAUGAGCUCCAGUGAGAAGGAGGUGGAGGAGCUCAAGAGAGCGAAUGCAGAUCUCCUGGAUAGAGUCUCAGCAAGUGAGAAUAAGAGCACAGUUCUAGAGACCAAGAUGAGCUUCAGUGAAAGAGCCGGUCCUCAGGUGGCGUUCUCAGCCGGUCUCAGUGAUGCAGGAGUAGUCGGACCCUUCGGCACUAACAGUAUACUGAAGUACAGUAAAGUCUUCACCAAUAUCGGCCAGGCCUACAGCCCAACUACAGGUAUCUUCACAGCCCCCAUCAAAGGAGUCUACUACUUCAGCUUCAACAUGUGGGGAAGCCGCUUUGUAUCAGAUACCGCUCUUGAAUUCGCUCUCAACAACGUGAUGAAGAUGAGGCUUCAAGAUUACAAUGAUGCCUAUGGCUAUGUCUCUGCGGCUAACUCAAUUGUUCUUCAGCUGGAGAAGGGAGAUGUUGCCAACAUUGUUCUGCCCUCCAGCUACAACGUUUAUUGUGAUUUGUAUAAUCGCAUGAUUUUCAGUGGAUUUCUGCUCUAUGCUCAGUGAAGCCCACUGUAAAACACCCACUGCAUUACGUUUCAACAUUACAUAUUAAUAAAUAAGUGUGUUGACUCAACUUA